UUCAGUGCGCCGCUGGAGUCGGGAUACCUAGAGAGGCAGCGCCGCGCACAGAAGCGGAAAGUAAGUGGAGAACUGGCCGGCGGCGCUCGGGACCAUGGAUGCCCAGAAGCACGUAACGAACUUCGGCGCAGGGCCGGCUAAGUUGCCGCGUUCGGUAUUAUUAGAAGCCCAAAAAGAACUGCUGGAUUAUAAAGGUCUUGGCAUAAGCGUUCUUGAAAUGAGCCACAGGACAUCUGAUUUUUCAAAAAUCAUCAGAACAGCUGAAAACCUCUUGCGUGAACUUCUAAAUAUACCUGACAACUACAAAGUGAUUUUUCUCCAAGGAGGUGGAUCUGGACAGUUUAGUGCUGUUCCUCUUAAUCUUAUUGGAUUAAAAGAAGCAAGGAUUGCUGAUUAUGUGGUUACUGGAGGCUGGUCAGCUAAGGCUGCUAAAGAAGCGGAGAAAUAUGCUAAAGUGAACCUUGUUCAUCCUAAACUUUCUAGUUAUACAAAAGUCCCUGACCCAAGCGCUUGGAACCUUAACCCAGACGCCUCUUAUGUCUAUUACUGUGCAAACGAGACUGUCCAUGGUGUGGAGUUUGAUUUUGUACCUGACGUGGGAAAGGCAGUCCUAGUUUGCGACAUGUCCUCAAAUUUCCUUUCCAGGCCAGUAGAUGUCUCUAAGUUUGGUGUAAUUUUUGCUGGUGCCCAGAAGAAUAUAGGCACUGCUGGAGUCACAGCCGUAAUAGUUCGGGAGGACUUACUUGGCUUUGCACUCAAAGAGUGCCCGAUAGUGUUAGACUACAAAACACAGUCGGAGAAUGCCUCAUUAUACAACACUCCUCCCUGCUUCAGUGUCUACAUCAUGGGUUUGGUCCUGGAGUGGAUAAAAAACAAUGGAGGAGUUGUGGCUAUGGACAAACUUAGCCAAAUUAAAUCCCAAAUGAUUUAUGACAUCAUUGACAAUUCCAAUGGAUUCUAUGUGUGCCCUGUAGAGAGAAAGAACCGAAGCAGGAUGAAUGUUCCUUUCCGGAUUGGCAGUAUUAAGGGAGAUGAGGCCCUGGAGAAGAAAUUCCUUGAUAAAGCUGGAGAAUACAACAUGAUAUCUCUGAAAGGACAUAGGUCUGUGGGAGGAAUCCGUGCUUCUUUAUAUAAUGCUGUGACUAUAGAAGAUGUUCAGAAGUUGUCAGCACACAUGAAAAGCUUCAUGGAGAUGUAUCAGUCAUGAACUCAAGACCCUAAUGCUCUGCCUCACACCUUGGAAAUAAAGUGCAAGGAACUGGAUAGUGGAAGUAGUGUUAUUGUAGGAAAGGCCAAACAGCACAGUAAACUUUUUUAGACAAAAUGGCAAUUCUUGUAUGUUCAAUUCCUGAAACUGUUGUAAAGUAUCGAGUCGGUUAUACCAGUUCCCAUUUGUGCAUUCUGGAGAUUGGUCCCAAUGUCAAAGUGUAUUGUUUGCAUAACUCUGCGUGGGAGUGUGGGGAUAUUCAACCCAUCUUUUAAAUUUCAAAGUGAAUAACUUGUAAGGUAUAACGUGUGGGUGAACCUCUAGAAUACUAGGAUUUGGUAUGGGAGUAAGUGAUCACACAACCUAUUGUGUUAAAAUCAUUCCUGGGGAACAUUUGUUACAUUGUUCCUUGCAAAUCAUUUUUUCCAUGUUCCUUUACCUUAGAGCAAUACUUUUGUGUACACAGCCUUGGCAGGAGCACUUUUUACAGACUAUAUACACAUGCAUCAUGAAAGGUUCUCACUGGAGCUGCUGCCAAUCAUUAGUUGCUCACCUCUGGCCUUGCCCUUGCAAAGGCUUUGCAACAAGGUACUUUUAAUGUGAUCAGAUUUUUUAAAUGAACUUUUGGUGGCAUUAUUUUCUAUUUUAAUUUGUUACGCUUCACUCUAACGACACCAAGGUAAAAUUUUUCUUCCUUGACUAUUGAUGCUUCUGACCUACAAAUGUUUCCAUCUGGGAUCCUUUUAUUCCAUAGCACAGAAAUCAACAUUGCCUUCCUGUUAAAUGACCACUUUGUUCUCCCAUCCUUUGAAGUUGACUUCACCUUAACGUUUACAAGGCUGUCUGACUCAGCUCAGCUGCCUGUUAUGGACUUCUUUGGUCAUUGUCCAUUUUGUGCUUCUCAGUACAUUUCCAUCAGCAAAAGAGGGUCCCUGCAGGCAUUUCACCCAAGGGUGUAUUUUUAAAAACAUCGAGGAGUUUGCCAUCGUGCACCUCCAUAUCGGAAAACUAUCCUGUGUAAAAUCAUAAACUGACACCCAACCCUCCCAUUUACCACAUGGAUGAUCUUUCUGUUCUUUCUCCUUGCGCCUUGAUAUCAUGAUCUCUCUCUAGCAUAAGUCUCACAUCUGCCCAAACCAUCUUUUAAAAAAUAAAACGUAUCCAAAACGAUUACCUUCUCAGAGCCUUCAAUCGUAACCCACAGCAUUUUUACUGCAAACAACAAAUUAUUGGCAAAAUCAUGACUAGCGUCUCCUGUAUCAAUUCCUUUCUCUUCAGAAGAUUGGGAACAUAGUAUAAGUAACAAAGAACCUGUGUGGUGUUAGUGGUUAAGGGGUCAGACGAGGAUCUGCAAGGCCCACGUUCAGGACGUCACUCUUCCACAAUGCUUGCUGGGUGACUUUGGACCUAAACUACAUCACAAGGUUGUGAGGAUAAAGUGGAAGAGAGAGAACAUUACAAUGUACACCGUGCAGAAGUCUUUGGAUGGAGGGGUAGGAUAAAAAUGUACUAAAUAAAAUAAAGUAUAUAGUACACAAUAUUAACAAGUCAAUUUUAAUUUUUAGUGUAAUGCCUGAAUAUGUUUAUUCUCCUGCACAAAAGGAAUUGUUCCUAUCUCCUUAGUUUGAAAUAAACAUGUUUUACUUUCUCUGUGGGUGGAAAAUAAAAAGCAGCAUGAAGUAA